UGUUAAGCAUCUGGCCAGCUCAGACAGUAAACUGGGGCCUUUUAUGACAGAUAUUUGACUGCUGCCCGGCGCCCUGCUCUCCGCCUACCUCCGCCUGCCUCUGCCUGCCUCUGCCUGUGCAUUUACAGCAGUUUGAUUUCAGCACUUUUGGACCUCUUGUGUCAGACCAAAUCAUUAACAGAAAAAAAAGAAGCACCUUUUAAACCUGCAUCUCCAAGCAGCUACAGAAAUGAAUUUUGAUGAGAUUCUCUGUGUCAUUGGAGGCUUUGGGAAGUUCCAGAAGAUCCUGUAUGUGUGGAUCUGUGUGCCUCAGAUCUUCCUGGCGUUCCACAUGCUGGUCUCAGUGUUCACCGGUGCCGUUCCCCCUCACCUGUGCCGCUCGGCACGGCCCUCUGCAGCCACUCCGGCCCCUCUGAACUUUAGCGUCCUGACGGGCGCCGACGGGCGUCCAGACCUGUCCUGCUACGCCUCCAUGAACCGCAGCGCCGACCCUGAGGACGUAGGAGCGACGGCGGGCUGCCAGGGGGGCUGGGAGUACAGCCAGGAGACGUUUCAGAGCACCAUAGUAACAGAGUGGGACCUGGUUUGUGACGACGCCACGCUGAACAACGUGGGCUCCUCCAUCUACAUGUUCGGCCUCCUCGUCGGAGCCGUCGUGUUCGGACACUUGGCAGAUAAGUACGGCCGUAGGGUCAUCAUCCUCAUCGGUCUGGCCAUCCAGGCCACGUUCGGGGUCGCUGCUGCUUUCGCCCCAAAUUUCUAUGUUUACACUGCCCUUCGCUUCAUGGUGGGGACGUCCAUCUCUGCUAUUAUCAUGAACGCCUUCGUCCUAGGCACCGAAUGGACAGGAUUAAAGCAGCGCAUGCUGGCCGGGAUCAUCACCGACUACUUCUUCGGCUUCGGAUACAUUAUCCUGGCCGGGUUGGCAUACCUCAUCAGAGACUGGCGGAAGCUGCAGCUGGCUAUAUCAGCGCCUGGAUUUCUCUUCUUCGUCUACAUCUGGGUCUUGCCGAAAUCCGCUCGCUGGUUGAUGGCCAAUGACAGGAAGGAGGAGGCUUGGGAAGUGAUCCUGAAGGCAGCGCAGAUGAACGGAAAGCCCAUCGGCAAAGAGCUGGAGAUGUGUCAGAUUCACAACGCAGAGGAGAAGGCGCCGCUGAGGAGCAGCUACUCCUUCCUUGACCUUGUUCGAACGCCGACGAUGAGGAAGCAGUCUCUGAUCGUCUUUUAUCUCUGGUUUGUUAACGUCCUGGUCUACUACGGCCUGUCGCUCAACAUCUCCGACUUUGGGAUGAACAUCUACUUGACCCAGAUGAUCUUCGGCUUGGUGGAGAUGCCGGCACGCACCAUCACCCUGUUCACCCUCAACCGCUCCCGCAAGAUCUCCCAGCUGGCGUUCCUGGCGGUGGGAGGCUCUGCCUGCCUGCUGACCAUCUUCAUCCCCCAGGACCUGUCCAUCAUCAGAACGGUCCUGGCCAUGGUGGGGAAGUUCGGAAUCACAGCCUCUCUGUCCAUCAUCUACGUCUACUCAGCUGAAGUGUUCCCCACAGUCAUCAGACAAAACGGGAUUGGUAUCAGCUCCAUGUGCGCUCGUUUCGGGGGAGUCCUGGCUCCCAUGAUGUACCUGUUGAGGAGCGUCAGUUCCCACGCUCCCAUGGUUCUCUGUGGCCUCUGCCCCCUACUGGGGUCGGCACUCACCCUGAUGCUGCCCGAGACGGCCAACAAGCCCCUCCCCGACACCAUCGAAGACGUCGAAGGAGUCCGCCUCAGCAAGGAGGACGGCGGAGUGAAGAAAGGCCUGUCUGACGCUCCUCUGACCAACGUAACCGUGGGCGGUGCCGGGACGGAUUAAGGCUCGGCGCCGGAGUCGGCCAGAACAUAGGACUCAGUAUUUUUCCCGAGACGAGUCUUUGCUUCCAGUGGAAGUCUCAGUUGGACUUGGCUUUUAUGGGUCUACGCAGGUUACCUGCACUCAGCAGUUAGCCUGAAAGCUUUUUGACUCUGGCUUUGUUUUCAAUGAAAUGGUUACUUUUA